AAACAGGACAUUCACCACGCCUAUUUUCUCUUGCAAUAGAUAUUGUAAAUCAAAUCUUUGUAUCGUGAUUUAUCUUUCUGUAUAGGAAUGUACUAGUAAUUCAUGAAUUUACCAUUCCCCUCCUUGUGUUUUUCAGCAGUCUUACUCCAAUGAAGCCCAUUGCGUUGAAGAAAUUUUGAAGGAAAUGACCCAUUCAUGGCCACCUCCUUUGACAGCCAUCCAUACUCCUAGCACAGCUGAGCCUUCAAAGUUUCCAUUUCCUGUAAAGGAAACCCAGCAGCCUGGAUCAGUAAUUCAGAGCCAGAAGCAGUGUGAUGCGCCUUUGAAGACUUUGUCUGUUUCUCAGCAAGGAACAUCAACACUGCAUAAAGAUCUAGAGAUCAGUGACAGUGAAGACUGCGACGAUGACCAAGUUUCUGAUAAACCGUCUUCCUCAUCAACGCCUCCAAGUGCCCCACAAUCGCAACCUGAGAGUGUGGCAUUGGCUCAUUCCAGCAGUGCAGAAUCCGAAAGCACAAGCGAUUCAGACAGUUCCUCCGAUUCUGAAUCAGAAAGCAGCUCUAGUGACAGCGAAGGAACUGAUCCUCCAACAAGAGUCUCGACACCUGAGCCUGAUCCACAAACAUCCAACAGAUGUUGGCAGCUGAACAACUGGCUGAUCAAAGUAAACCAGCCAGUAUCUCCCACAGAGAGUUUCCUGGAAGAUGACCAUAGUAGAAGCAGCGUCCAGGAGAGCAAAGGACAAGGAAAAACUGUCAGCUCUAGCAGUGGCAAUGGAGGCAAAAGGGAAUGUCCGACGGCAGACGGUCCCUCCAAAACUGGCAGCAGAGUUUCUCGGUCAAGUCAAGGCGUCCAUCUCCCUACCAAACGCAGUUACCAAAAGUCUCCUGUAGCCCCAGAAGAGUCUCACCACCAGACGGUGGGCAGUAAGCAACCCAGGAAAUCCAACAAAGCUACAGUCCAGGAGGAACCAAAGAGAGGCCUGACGGUUGAAAGUGAGCCACCUGGACCCUACGGGGCCAAAGACCAAUCUUCCAAAGACAAGCCUAAGGUGAAAACGAAAGGGAGGCCGAAAUCUGAUGAUAAGAAGGAAUCGAAACCAACUGCCCCGGAAACCACGGAGAAGAAAAAGCACAAAGGUUUGCACCAAACGCUGAAAACAUUAUUUGCUCACGAGGAUGCAAAAGUAGACGCGGCGGGCAGCGCCCUGGAACCGUUGCCCCUCAGCCCUCUCAGUGGGAGCCCGAGGGUGGUUGCUACCGGUCGAACUAAUGGCUCCAAGGUAUCUCUAACUGUCAAGGAGGAACUUCAAAGGGACAAAUAUAUUUUGCCUAUCAGGGAUAAGAAGUUGCUGUCGCCCUUGAGGGAUUGCCCCGUCCCGCCAGGGCUUGUGGUUAAAAUUGAGCUGGCUCUCCUCUCACGGAUCCCUCAGCCACCCGAAAAGGGGCUCUUCUUCCCUAAAAAACAUGAACUUAAAGAGAGCCAUGGUAUGACAAAGCAGGGUAUCAACAAAAGAAGCACAGAUGCGCCAAGCAAAACUCUCAAAAAGAGAAAGCAAGAAGAUGCACUGAGAAUUGAUCAGAAGAAGGUCAAGUUGGAUAGAGAAACCAAAUCUUCCUCAUCUUUAGGCCAUAAAGAUUCCAGUAAAACUAAGAUGUCGAAGCUCUCGGUAACAGAGACUCAAAGGAAAGAGAUGCCACUGCCCAUGCCACCACCGCUGUCUCCCGUGCAGCCUGCUCAGAAGCCACCUAAGACAGCUCAGAAGCGGCCAAAGAACGAAAACGAUGCCUGCUAUCCAGUUCCCGGUCCCAGUAUCGGCACUGCCAAGAGCAAAGAGAGCCACCGAGAGCCGUCGUCCUCCAAGCACAGGAAACUGGAGGGAAAACCUUUGGAAAACUCCAAAAGUGACAAAGGCUCUGCAGAUGAUGUCCCCAACCCUUUCCCAGUGCCUUCUUUGCCAAAUGGUACCUCCAAGCCAAUGAAGCCUCAAAGCAAGCCUCACCGACAACAUCCAAUAGAAUUUCACUUAAAGGAUGCCAAAAGGUUGAAGCACAAAGCUGAUGCAAUGACAGACAAAGUUGGGAAGGCCUUCAAAUACUUGGAUGCUGCCCUGUCCUUUAUUGAGUGUGGCAUUGCAAUGGAAUCGGAUCCCCUCUCACCAAAGCCAGCCUAUACCAUGUUUGCAGAAACCAUAGACCUCAUUAAAUUCAUAAUGACAUUAAAAUCCUUUGCGGACUCUUCAACAACGACGCAAGAAAAAAUCUUCAUUGUGUUUUGCAUGCGCUGCCAAGCCAUUCUGUACAUGGCAAUGUUUCGCUACAAGAAGGACACAGCAAUAAAGUAUUCCCGGACUCUUAAUGAACAUUUCAAGAGUUCCUCUAGAAUUGCCCAAGCACCUUCUCCGUGUGUUGCAAGGAGCACUGGCACCCCUUCUCCUCUUUCCCCAAUGCCUUCUCCGGCUGGCUCAGUCAGCUCCCAGACGGGUUCCAGCGCCAGCAGCUGUGGAAGUAGCAGCCUGGGCUCCUCAGUCAGCGUCCCUCAUUAUAUCCCGACCAUCACCUCCUCCUUUGUUAACAUCACUUCUUAUAUUCUGUACGCCUAUGACUUCUGGGAACAAGCCGAUCUUUUGGCUAGGAAAAAUAAGAAAUUUUUUUCCAAGCUCAAUGCUGCUGCCUGCUUUCUCUCGUUGAACAGCAGCAUGAUCGAACUAGUACACUACACCCGCCAGGGAUUGCAAUGGCUGAGACUGGAAUCAAACAUGCCUUAAUGGGUGAUUCAAGGUGAGGAUUUUGCCUUGGACUCUUUUUGCACUUUGAAAGCCUCAGAAAUAGCCUUAUGGGCUGACUGGUUGGAUUUGAAAAAA